UAAAGUCGCUUACAGUAACUUCAAACAACGACAAUAUGAGGCUGGAGUUUUAUUUUCUCACAGACAUGUAACCAGUAUAAAAAGAAGACGUUCACGAGAUCACCACAGUGAACAGUCUGCGCGCGCACACAAAAACAUAAACAAACGCAUGAAAUAACAGUCCAGCAGGCGGACGCACACCGAUUUAUGACUGCUGUUCCUUAGACAAAAUGUUUCAUGCUCUAUAAUGUGUAAAUCGUUUGCUAAAUGACUAAAUGUUAAUAUAAUGUUUGAUUGGCUGGACGUGCGUGUGUGUCAGCGCCAUAAGAGCAAAAGUGAGGGAGUGACAGUGAAAUGAAAGUUUCUCGCCGGAACCUCGAGCAGGAAAAGGCUGGAGAAGCGGAAAUAAACCGUAGUGCUUCAUACAACACCAGCUGCUGUGGUUGAAAUAGAGACGAGCUGCAGUUAUGGGUGGAAUAUAAUGUGAUAAUGUGAAACAGCACGAGGAUGUGGGUCACUCCCGAAGAAGUUGUGCUGAAAAACGCGCUCAAGCUUUGGGUCACUGACAGAUCCAACGAUUAUUUCCUCCUGCAGCACCGGAGAGGACAUGGAGAGACCGGAGGGAAAAUCACAGGUUUGCUGGUUGGAGCGUUGGACACAGUGCUGGACUCAAAUGCGCGCGUGGCUCCGUUCCGGCUUGUUCUGCAUGUGCCGGGAUGUCAGGUCAGCUGGGUCAUAGCUAGUGGAGUCACUUUAGAGGAGGUGCAGAAACACUGGAAAUGGCUGGAUCAAAACAUACUGCCGUACAUGGCCGUGUUUGAGAAUAAAGAAGACGCUGCCAGUUUUGUUCAGGGCAAAGUGAAGGGUUUAAUCGCAGAGGAGGUUUUGGGUGGCCAGGCCGCUGGAGAAGAUGAUCCAGCCCGGUUUCGUGAGGAUCUUGCUCGUUUCGAGCAGCGUUUCGGUCUGCCUCAGAGAGAGAAGCUUGUGACGCAUUACUCGUGCUGCUGCUGGAAAGGUCGUGUACCACGUCAGGGCUCGCUGUAUCUCACCACCAAUCACAUUGCAUUUUAUUCCUUCCUGCUGGGUAAAGAAGUGAAGCUGUUGGUUCCCUGGGCAGAUGUGACGCAACUGGAACGCGUAUCUGUCGGCCUACUGACGGACGUGAUCCGUGUUUACACUCGGCGGAGACAGAGGGAUUUCUCCAUGUUUCUGAAUGUAGAUGAGGUCAUGAACCUCAUGUGUCAGCUGGCUGAUAUCGCUCUUCGCAGACUGCUUGACAGCGGUGGUCUCACGCUCGACCAAUCACUGCAGGACUCCACAAACAUUACCAAGAGGUUGUUGGAGGAAGAGUCUCUCAGGCAGUAUGUGCUCUCUCUCUUUGGCCUACCGCGGUCUGAGCGUCUACAGGAAGUGAUGUCGUGCUCAAUUUGGACUGCUCAUGCCCGCUGCCACACACCGGGUACCCUGUAUACCACAGAUGGAUAUUUGUGCUUCAGCAGUCGUGAGGAGGGCCAAUGUAAACUCAUAAUACCACUUAAAGAGAUGCUUUCCAUUGAGAAGGCUGACAGCACCAGCGUCCUGCCCAACCCUGUGAUCAUCAGCCUGAGGUGUAAACGUGCCUUUCAGCUGAUAGACCUAUCACAGCGGGAUGAGUUAGUGGAGAAGAUGCGCGAGAGACUGCGUGAUCUGCACUGGAAACAGGCCAUGAUCCACGGACACGAGCAGCGCAAGAAAUCCACGAUAUCCAGCACACCAUACUAUACUUUCUGCUACGACACCGUCCAAUCAGAUGACGAGGACAGCAGUGUCAUUUCUGAUAAAGCUCUGCGUCACAUGGUCCUCGCUGACACAUUCCACCCCAGCCAAUCAGAUUCUCCUGACGAGACACGUAACCCUGAGCGUGUAAAGGAGCGUUUAUGGGAAGAUCAUUUUACCGAGUUUGGUCGAGGUGUUCACAUGUUUCACACAGAUAAAAUCCACAAACUGGUGGUGCUGGGCAUCCCAGAGUCUCUGCGUGGAGAACUGUGGCUCAGUUUCUCAGAUGCGUGUUCAUCACUGGCUGCCCAUCAGAACUACUACACAGACCUGGUGGAGAAAUCCAGGGGUCAGACGAGCAUCGCCACAGAGGAGAUCGAGCGGGAUCUUCAUCGCUCGCUGCCCGAGCAUCCGGCCUUCCAAAACGACACGGGAAUAUCGGCGCUCCGCAGAGUUCUUAGGGCUUACGCUUACAGAAACCCCACCAUCGGCUACUGUCAGUCCAUGAACAUAUUAGCAUCUGUGAUGUUGUUGUACACUAAAGAAGAGGAAGCUUUCUGGCUGCUGGCCACAGUCUGUGAGAGGAUGUUACCGGACUAUUUCAAUCGCAGAGUCAUCGGUGCACAGGUGGAUCAGUCAGUGUUUGAAGAAUUAAUUCGUGAGCGUUUACCGGAGUUAGCCGAACACAUUCCUGACCUUUCCCCGCUGGCGUCCGUCUCUCUCACGUGGUUCCUCACGCUGUUCCUGAGCGUUCUUUCGUUCCGCAGCGCUCUCUGUGUCCUCGACUGCUUCUUCUAUCACGGCAUCAGGUCCAUCUUCCAGAUUGGAUUGGCAGUCCUGGAGGCAAACGCUGCUGAGCUGUGUGCCUGCACAGAUGAUGGUCAAGCUCUCAUGAUACUGAGCAGUUUUCUGGAUCAGGUGACACAUGAGGAUGAGACGCACAUGUGUGCUGAUGCCAGAGCUACUCAACAUGUCAACAUCACAACACUGAUCGCUGAUGCACACGAGAAGUUUGGCUCUCUUACGGUGAAGCACGUUGAGAUGUUGAGAUGCAGACAUCGUAUUCAGGUUCUUCAGGCUCAUGAAGAUACCACCAAAGACAAUGUUCUGCGAUUGGUCAAUCCAGAAGUGUCCGUCUCACAGGAACACCUGUCUGACCUCUAUGAUCUCUUCAAAACGGAGCAUUUCAUUAAUCUGUAUUGGGGUGAUGGUGCUGGAUGUUCUUCAGUCCCUGUCAGCAGCUCGACUGAUCGUUACUUUGUGGACCGAGCUCAGUUUAAGAGUCUGUAUGAGCUCCUGACCCCGUGGCUCUGUGGGACACACACAGAUACUGUCGCCCAACGCACUUUCACACUUUUAGAUCAAGACCAAGACAACCAAAUAAACUUCUCUGAGUUCACACGGUGGAUAGAUAUCGUGUACUGUGAGGAGCUGAAUGAGAAGAUCAGACUUCUGUAUCGACUUCACAUUCCACCAGCUAUGACAGAUCAUGAAGAGGACUCGUCUCCAAUGAAGAGUCCCAUACUGUCCACCUCCAGACCUCUAUAUGUCAAUCUGCCCAAUGGUGAGAGGAGGAGUUAUGAAGAACAACUCCAGCAGAUGCUUCAAGACCUGAGCACUGGAAAGAAGAAAGAUGAGAAGAUUCUUCCUUACAUGAACCAGCGUGAGUUCAUCCAGUUUUGCAAGACGUUCUACAGCAUGUUUCAGGGUGACCCAGAUGAAGCCGAACUCUUCCAGGCUAUCGGGAUGGUCGCGAGUCUCGUGCUGCAGAUCGGAGAGGCACGACACCGACGGCACUCGUCUUCAGGACAGGAGGAGGUUCACGCUCCCAAUACUGUGAUUAGUGGAGAGAGUGCUGACGUCUCUCAGGUGGAAGAUGAUUGGUCGGUGAGUUUUGAACAGAUUCUGGCUUCGCUGCUGACCGAGCAGGUGCUGGUGAACUUCUUAGACCGGCCUGUAGACCUGAGUGCAAAAAUUGGGAGCGCAAAGAUGCGUCAGUAUCAGGAGCGUGCCGGACUGCUCAUGAUCAGCUGAGAGGGAGCCGUGUCAAACUCAUGAUCAAAAUCAUCCGGCUGAAGACGACAGUGCCUUGAUCCUAAUACAGAAGAGCACCAAAUACUGACACAAUCUGAGGAUUCUGGGAUGAGCUGGACUCUCCAUAAAUGAUGAGAGAGUGAGAUGUAGGAGGCCUCAGUGUAGACCAAAUCAACUUAAAGACUGAAGUUUUAUUCAUUUUCUCCAUUAAUUUAAUCUUUGAUGCUGUUGUUUUCACUAUUAUUAUUAUUUGAACAGUAUUUAAGCUGGUAUUUGUUGUUUUAAAUCAGUAUUCAAAUAGAUUUACACUCAAAUAUUGAAGUCUUAUUCACCGACAUUCAGUCAGCAAAACACAAUCUGUAGUUGCGUUCUCAACAGUCCGGUCCAAAUCAAAUCAUAUAUUUGAAAAUGUAUUUCAGUGUUUUGGGUGAUCAAUGAUUUACAAUGUAAAGUUUACAGUUUUAAUUGACAUGUUAGAUGAUUGAAUAGAUUUUAUAUUAAAUGAAUGGUCACGUGUUUUGGCAAGAGCUCACAAAAAUAACCUGGCUCUCAUCAGACGCUGUGCCUUACAAAUAUUAAAGCAUGUGAUGUGAUGGAGCUGAAAAAGAUUCUCAAGCACUUUUCCAACAACAUACAUGUGAAGUCUUAAUCAUCACUGACUAUCAAUCAAAUACUGUCUGGCCAAACGCAUGAAGAUUAAGCAUCAUUAUUUUAUGAUACUCUGAUUUUUCAAGCUAUUUAAAUUAUUUAAGACAGGGGUUGCCAUUCCUGGUCUUGUAAGGCCACUGUCCUGCAAGCUUUAACUCAAACACGCCUGAAAAAUCUAAUCAAAGGCUGCGGGGUGACUUGGAAAGGACAUUUGAACAGUUUUUCGGACAGAGUUUAGAUCAAUUCAGGACUAGACUUUAGUUCUUUUAGGACAUUUAAGUAGGUUUUUACAAACAAACCUUACAAAAAAACAAUAGUGGUGUGCAUCUUGAGGCGAAACAAUGGCACUGAUAUAUGUUAUGUCAGUGCAAGAGGUUUUAAAUGAAGGCAGCUCAAACAUGCAUUUUAGUCUGGGACCAGGAUAAGAUCUUCCUAGGAAACUGACCAUUAGGGAUGGAGUUAAAGUUUGCAGGACAAGAAUGCCCACCCUUGGUUUAAAUCAUCAUACUGUGUUUUCUUUUUUUAUUAUAUUUCUGCUUGCAAUGGAAAACUGAAAUGUGAAGUAUAAAGAUGAACCCAAUGUUGUGAUUCUGAAAACAGUUAACCUCCUGUAUCAUACUGUACACUUACAUAGCUUUGUCUUAAUUACAUAAUUAAUAAUUAUAAGAGAGAUUGUUAACAGCAGAUGUCAUCUAUAACGUUUACACGCCUGUAUCUGACUCCAUAUUUUAGAUUCUAGAAAGUUUAAAUGUUACUGUGCAUUCACACCAGCGGAGAGGCGGCAAGCGCGGAUGAUUUACAUGGUAAGUCAAUGCAAACACACGAUUAGGCAUCCUGCGGCGCGGUACACACGGUAGCCGCGGCGCGGAUGUCGCGGAACGCACGAGGCGUUCCGCAUGAGGCGUUCCGCACGAAUUGAGCGUUGCCGCGGGAAGCGCGCGAGUUCAAAAAUCUGAACUUUGGCGGAAUUCCGCGCCGCGUUAACCAAUCAGGAGCUUGCUGUAGUAGUGACAUGAUUACAGGAAGCGAGCGGAGUGGUGUAGUCUCCGGAGUCGCAGAAGCCCCUCCCAUGACACGGAUUUCCGCGUGAAUUUCUCGAAUGACUAGAAUUUCACCCGCGGAUUUCACGCAAGAAUGAGGCGAGUGAACUGAAAUGUUCAAGCGUUCAACUACGCGCGAAUAGCGCGUUUUUGCCGCCUCUUCCGCGGCUGGUGUGAACCCACAGUUACUGACAACACCUGCAAUUCUCAAAUAAAUCAAAUCAACAACA